AUGAAGCGCCGGCGUUUGCUAUAUAAGCAGCCUCUUCCUGCCGCGCCGUCGAGUGAUGAGCUUGGGCAGGUGAGAACGCUUGUGAGAGACAAGUGGGUUGCCUCCUACCUUGCCGAGCAUGGACGUGGGGGUCAGGAUGCACGUGCUGCGGCCAAACGAGAGUUCACCUCAGCCGCCAACAAGCGUCAGAUGCUGAGUUCCAUGCUGGAGUCUGGGCAGGUACCACCCCGGCUUCAUGCAGCAGCCACCCGUCUAAUCAUGGCUUGGACAUCUGAUACGCCCCUCCGUGGCCCACAUGAGGUGGAGGAGGAUGUCAUGAGUUCGUACCGUGGCAGUGGGACUAUGUUUCGGUAUUCAGGGUCGUGGAGCCGUGUGGACGAUGCCGCAAUGUCGGCGGUGCUGGUUGCGAAGGGUCACAAUGGCAUUUCUGAGGUAUGCAGUCGCCUCAAGUGUCACCCCUAUGUGCAAGGAUUGUGGGACGAGUUCUCGGCCUUCAGGCAGCAGCUGGUGUCAAGCACACCUAUCACGCGCUGGACUGCAGCCAUGGAGCUACAUGUGGAAGCUUCGCUUGCGGCCAACCCUCCCAUUCCAUUGGUACACAUACAUUUUAUGUUUGAUGCCAUUGGCAAGACCAUCUCAUUUCGAAAUGAGCCUGGAUUGAAGUUUCGCAACUCGCAGCCGUACAGGUCGCUUUCAGGUGCCAUACUCCAUGCCACAAAUGCACCACCGUUCAAGUCCUAUGCAGUGUCUCCAGAAUGGAUCACAAGCAUGUGGCAAGGGGAUAAAUUGUCUCCGGAAUCGGUCCAGAUGACCCAGCAGAGCAACUUGCAGGAACGCCAGGCUGCAGCACAGGCAGCCUUGCUCCGCAUGCAUCGUCCUCGGGUGUAUCUGGAACCAGUGGAACAAGAGUUCUUGCCUCAAUUCCAGGUGGAUGCUUUCAGACGACGCUUCUUGGUGCUGGACGGACCCACGAAGCUCGGCAAGACGACCUCCAGCCUUGCAGGACCCGAACACACUCUGGAGUUGAAUUGUGCAUCGUCCAUGGAACCCAAUUUGCGGGACUUCAACAAUGAUGUUCAUCGCGCGAUCGUGUUUGAUGAGGCAUCUUGUGCCAUGGUUCUCCGGCACAAGAAGCUUUUCCAGGGUGGUGUGCAACCACUGGAACUGGCCAGCUCCAACACGAAUUGCUACUCUUACAAGGGUUGGGUCUAUGGCACGAUGAUGAUCGUCACAAGCAACACCUGGACUGCAGAGUUGCAUGAGCU